AUGGCUGAACAUCAAAACAUUGGCAUAAUCAAGGAGCUUCUUAGAAAUGCAGAAUUUCAGGGCAAGGAGAUGUGGGAAGUGAGGUCUUCCAGAGCCUGUGAGGAGCUGUUUCCAAAUAUCAUGGAGAAGUGGAUCCGUGUGGCACAGGUGGUGGAGCGUGGCAAACAAGGAGUCAUGCUGCUCAGCACCCCCUUGCUGACCAAGAGGACAGAGGUGGUUCCCUCAGAGAAGACACUGGCUCAUGAUUGGGAACAUGCUCUACAGGCUUACUGCCAAGGAGCACUAGGCCAGACCCUACAGCCUAGAACAGGAAAGUGCCAAGAAUGCUAUACUGCCAAGAUGCUCCACAGCCACCAACACCAACUGUGGCAUGACAAACAGCACAGGAAAGCCCAUCUGGGCACAGUCCUGAAGGCCUACCUCAUUGGAAGCACUUCACAUGUAAAUGGAAUUUUUCUAGAAAAAGUGAGGAUUGAAGCCCAACAGCCAAAUUCUCCCAUCAGGAAGUGCGUCAGGGUCCAGCUGAUCAAAAACACCAUGAACACAGCUUUCUUGCCCAAUGGUGGCUGCUUGAAAUGUAUCAUGAUAAACAAUGAAGUUCCGGUGGCUGCAUUUGAUAGCAAAGGUCAUACUGUUGGUGACAUCCCAGGAGUCCACUUUGAGGUUGUCAGGGUAACCAAGACCUCUCUCUUGGCCUUACAUAAGGGCAAGAAAAAAAGACCAAGAUCCUAA